AUGCGCCUCAUCAACGUCCACACCCUCGAGAUCCAGUACUUCUCGGGCACAAGCAUCCCCCAAUAUGCCAUUCUGUCGCACACAUGGGGCGCAAAUGAAGCAACCUUCCAGAAAUGGACCAACAAAUGGACUCGACUGACACACAAGCAUCGCUCUGGCUUCCACAAAGUCCUGGCAACUUGCAGGCAGGCCCGCCGGGACGGUCUCGACUAUGCAUGGGUGGACACGGUGUGUAUCGAUAAGUCCAGUUCAGCCGAGCUAUCAGAAGCCAUCAAUUCCAUGUAUACCUGGUACGAGAAGGCCACGACAUGCUACGUCUAUCUCUCCGAUGUUCCUGUGUCCAGUUCAAAGGCCAAUACCGAUACUCUCGACUCCCUUCGAAAAAGCAGGUGGUUUACCCGUGGCUGGACCCUCCAGGAGCUCAUCGCCCCCGAAAAUGUCCAAUUCUGCACAAAGGACUGGGAGGUUCUGGGCACCAAGAAGGCCCUCGCUGUUCUCAUAUCUACCAUUACCGGAAUUGAUGCGGCAUGUUUGAAAAAGGAGAAGCGACUGCGAGACUACAGCAUUGCCCACCGGAUGACCUGGGCCGCCAAGCGAGAAACAACUCGAGAGGAAGACCUGGCUUAUUGUCUGCUCGGCAUCUUUGGCAUCAACAUGCCUCUGCUGUAUGGGGAGGGAUCCAAGGCCUUUAAGCGACUCGAGGAAGAGAUCAUCAAAGUGUCUGACGACCACAGCAUUCUCGCCUUCGAAACGAAUCUCUCCGAUGGGACCCUCUUUGCCCACCAUCCCUCUGCCUUCGUCAAAGGAGCCUGCAUCUACCCACACUACGGCCGCCGUCUCACUCAGCCUUUCUCCAUGACCAAUGCCGGCCUAGCUAUGACCACCCCGCUCAUAAAAACCCUCUCGCCCUACUGGGUCCUCGCCGUCUUCAAUUGCGUUGAAGUCGACACCGAGAACAACAUGCAGCGCUCUCAAAUCUGCUUGCCCCUCUUCGGAAAAGACAACCAAUUCAUGCGCGCCCGUAUACCCAUCAGCCUGAUUAGCCGCAACAUCGAUGACCCAUACGCAGUGAACUCCACCGAGAAGCUGGGAGCGGCAGCAGGUGCCCUCGAUCUAACCACUCGCUCCGAAACGAGCUACUGCAUCUCCUACUUUGGGCGUGUCUACUCUGCCUACGGCCGCGAGAUCGACGUAGCCAUGAAGGGGUUCGAAGUCUAUCCCCAGCCUGAUCACGGUUUCAUGAUCACCUUCCCCCGGGGCAUGGCCGGGUACCGACUGCAUACCGCACUGCCGAGAUGUGACCUCCGCGACGACAUAAGCUACUUCAUCCCCACUUCUCGAUACGUCCGUUCCUUCGACUCUUCGCAAGAAGAAGAACUACAGAUAUCGAGCGGGAUCAUUGUGUUCAAAAGCGACAGCCUCCACGACCAUGACCCAUCCAAAUGCGUCGGUGUAUACCUCGCUUUUGCAACCACAACGGGAAGCAUAGCCAGCAGCACAACGGCAAGCACCACGACCACAAUUACGACAACAAGGACGACAUCAAGCACUGGGAGAACACAGCACCUAAGAUGGGCAUGCAAAGUUGCCCCGAUACGGGAGUUCUACGAUCAAACAAAUGCCAAGCAGGUCCUGGCAAGAGCAAACCAGGAGGCCCUCCUAGGAAACUGGCCGCAUUAUUACCACCAUGAGAACACCAUCGUGUCGGCACGGACGAGGUUCCAGACACCGAGGGGGGAACCAUGUAGGGACACGGUCAUGGUGGAGAUUGUGUUUGAUGCGGACGAGUUGGUGAGGGAGAGGGAUGCUGAGGAGAGGGAUUUUGAGUAG